ACAACUGCAAUCAUCUUCAAUCUCUCUUCUUCCAGAUCGAUACAGAAUCAACAUUUUACUCAAUUCAAUCUCAUUUCAACGCAUUUUACUCUAUCAAAGAUUGUAUAAUCUUCAUAUUAUUACUGUUGUUGUUGUUACACAUUGCAUGAUUGUUGAAGAUGGCAUCGGCUUGCGUUAAUAACGUCGCCAUUCCGUCGGAGAACUUUCUUGACUGUUCUGUUUCUUAUGGAUGGUUGAAUCCUCGGAUCUCCUUUGGCCGGGAGAAUAAUAAUCACGACGACCAUACAUCAUCAUCAUCAUCAUCCAAGGGAGGAGGAACAGCAGCAGCUAAUGCAUUGCCGCCAUUGAAGCGGUUAGAUCCGGAUGAGGUUUCAGAUCUUCAAGUUACAGAUAAGGAUUUAUAUGAUUUUGAGUUUAGACUUGAAGAUCCUGUCAUUAUGCUUCCAGCUGACGAACUUUUCUCCGACGGUAAACUCGUUCCAUUGUUGUUUCCUGUUUCUCGACCUGUAGUAGAACCUUCUUCUAGGGUUCCUUCGACGCGGAGGUCAUUGGUUAAGGAACCGGUUGAGAUAGAUCCGUUUCUGUUCUCUCCAAAGGCGCCGAGAUGUUCUAGUCGAUGGAAGGAGUUGCUUGGAUUGAAGAAGCUUUCACUUAAUGGUAAUAGUAAGGUAGAUGUUAAUAAUUCAUCUUCUCAAUCUACUGGUAUCAAUAAUGGCUCUAAAUCUCGAAGGCUUUUUCUUAAUCGAAGCUCCAAACCUUCAUCUUCUUCUAUUGAAUCGUCACUUAACAUUCCUCUGUUAAAGGAUUUGGAUAGCCAUUCCGUUACUAAAUCCUCAAGACGAUCCCUCUCGUUGUGUUCAUCUUCCUGUCAAGAUCAUGAUGACCUCCCUAGACUCUCAUUGGAUUCCGAUAAGCAUAUUCUAAAGCAGUCUUAUUACAACAGAAUUUCAAAUGCUGGUUCCUCUAAUCCACCUCCGAGAAUGAGAUUGCUCAAACAGAGGCCCAUCCCUUCAGAAAAUCAAGCUUCAGCUAGAGUAGGACGAAGUCCAGUCCGUAUAACCCCCGAAUCAUCGGUGACCCUGCGAGGCGUUUCAAUGGACAGCCCGCGAAUGAACUCGUCAGGAAAGGUUAUCUUCCAGGGUCUGGAGAGAAGCUCGAGCAGUCCAAGUACCUUCAAUGGUGGGCCACCAAAUAAUAAUAAUAAGCAAAGGGGAAUGGAAAGAUCAUACUCCGCCAAUGUUCGAGUCACACCAUUUCUGAAUGUCCCAGUUGGUUCUCUAUCAAAGUCCAGUGUAUUCGGGUUUCAGCUCUUUCCUACAACACCCCAGAAGCGCGACGGUGGUGGUGGUGGUGGGAGUUAUUCUUCUUCCACAGGAGGAGCGAGCAGAGGUCAACAACAACAUCAGGUUAGUGGAAGGAUUCGGUUUUAACUUUCAUUCUCAUGUAGAGAAAAAAGAUGGUAACUUUGAUUUAACAUAGCUUUCUUUUUCUAUUUUUAAAUUUUAUGGUAUCUUGUUCUUGUUGUUGUUGAUGAUGUUGGUUGGUUUAGAUUUGGGUUGAAGCAAAACAGUUCAUGAAAAAUGUUGGUUAGAUCCAUUCCAUUUAUUAUCAAGGAUCUUUAGCCUUUUA